GGUAAACUUGAGGGUUAAUUUAGGGUUUUCCCUCUUUUAAUUAUUUAAAAAUAAACAAAAAAAUUUUGGCGGGAAAACUGGCAGGAAGUGAAAUGGCUGAGGCGCGGUCCGAGCGAGGAGCCCCAUUUGUAGUUUCCCAGCUAAUGCCUCAAUCCACAGCCAUGGACACCGAUUCAGAUUCCGAUGGCUCUCACGUCUCCGCCACUCCUCCACGAGAUCCUAUCCUGCAGCCGCCAAAGCCACCAGUUCGGCCACCGCCGCCGCCGCCAACUCUAUCCGCAUCUAACAGAUUCACAAAGAGGAUUAGGCCUUCUUCUCACUCAAAAGCUGCUUCAAAAUCCAAAGCACCAUCUCCAAAACCAACCAAAUCCAAACCUGAUCUCUCUCAAAGACCAGAUCGUCCAUCGCUCUCCUCUCCUCUCUCCAAUUUGCCCUUCCAUAUCUGCCGUGCAUCAGAUCAAUCCCGUCCAAUCCCAGCCGCCCAUUCCCUGGAAACCCUCCGUGCCGGCUUCUUCUCCAUACACCGCGCCUCCUUCUCCAAAAUCCAAAAACCCUCCCUUAGUUUUAACCAUGACGAGGACUUACCGGAGAUUACCACAGAAGUAAAAAUCAACGGCUCUGAUUGCGCAGAUUCUGCCAAAGCAUCCAAGAAGUCGCUUCCUAAUUUGGUCGGAGCUACGGUGCCUUUGCCUGCCGUCAGAUUACAAAAACGCGGCGGAGAAGGUAACUUUGUGAGGCACAAUUUAAAUGGCAACAACCGGAAAUUUAUUAGAAAAGGCAAGAGGAAUGCCAGCCACUCGUCGAAAUCAAGAUUUUACAGAAGAAGUAAGAAAAGAGCUAAAUCCGAAACUGAAUCAGAGAUUGUUUGCGAGGAAGAUGGCCUAGUUGUAGAACUAAAGCAGCAAAACAAGAAGGAGAAAAGGAUUCAGCAUGAGUCGAUUGAGGAGGUGGUUUCGGCCGUCCAAAAGGCAGCGUCCGAUCAAAACUUGGUGAGGUUGUUGAAGGUGAUGUACGGCUAUGAUUCCUUCCGUGUUGGGCAGAUGGAGGCGAUUAAGAUGGUCCUCGACGGGAAAUCGACGAUGCUGGUUCUUCCCACCGGCGCAGGGAAGUCGUUAUGUUAUCAGAUUCCGGCCGUGGUUUUGCCAGGGAUUACCCUUGUAAUUAGUCCGUUGGUGGCUUUGAUGAUUGAUCAGUUAAAGCAGUUGCAUCCUUUUAUUCCUGGUGGUCUCUUAUGUAGCAGUCAGAAACCCGAAGAGGCUGCUGAAACUCUAAAACUGCUUCAAGAGGGGGCCAUUAAAGUGCUUUUUGUUUCACCUGAGAGGCUUCUGAAUGCGGACUUUUUGGCAAUGUUUUCUACUACUGCUAACUUUGUAUCACUUGUUGUUGUAGAUGAAGCUCACUGUGUAUCUGAAUGGUCACAUAAUUUCCGGCCUUCAUACAUGAGGCUCAGAGCAUCUUUACUCCGUGAAAAACUCAAUGUUCAAUGCAUACUGGCAAUGACUGCGACUGCCACAACCACAACUUUGCAUUCCAUUAUGUCAGCGUUGGAGAUUCCUUCAAUGAAUCUCAUUCAAAAGGCUCAGUUAAGGGACAAUUUACAGUUGUCAGUGUCUUUGAGUGGAAAUAGAAUGAAAGAUCUGUUGGCAUUGAUAAAAUCUUCACCUUUUGUGGAAGCUGAAAGCAUCAUUAUUUACUGCAAGUUUCAGCUGGAAACUGAUCAGAUCAGCAGAUACUUAUGUGAUAACAAUAUUUCUGCCAAGAGUUACCAUAGUGGUAUCCCUGCAAAGGAACGCAGCCGCAUACAGGAGCUGUUUUGUUCUAAUAAGAUUAGAGUGGUUGUUGCAACUGUGGCAUUUGGCAUGGGGCUUGACAAGAGAGAUAUUGGAGCUGUAAUUCAUUACAGCAUGCCAGAAAGCUUGGAAGAGUAUGUCCAGGAGAUUGGACGGGCUGGACGAGAUGGGAGAUUAUCCUAUUGCCAUUUACUUUUUGAUGAUAUCACAUAUUACAAGCUCCGUAGUCUUACAUACAGUGACGGAGUGGAUGAAUAUGCAGUAAACAAAUUUCUCAGUCAAAUUUUUGCGGAUGGAAUAAAUUCACGAGGGAGUGUUUGUUCUCUAGUCAGAGAGUCUGCAUCUCGCAAAUUUGAUAUAAAAGAGGAGGUGAUGCUCACACUUCUAACACAACUGGAAUUGGGUGAAGUACAAUAUUUACGACUACUUCCACAGUUAAAUGUAACCUGCGCUUUGAAUUUUCAUAAGACUUCCCCAGGGUUACUUGCCGACAAGGAUGCAGUGGUAGGAGCAAUUCUGAAGAGAUCUGACUGUAAGCAAGGCCAGUAUGUUUUUGACAUUCCCACCGUGGCAAAUAGCAUUGGAGUUGCAGUUGUUGACCUAUCAAAUCAUUUGCAGAAUCUUCAGGUAAAGGGAGAAAUAACAUAUGAGGUGAAGGAUCCGGCCUACUGUUAUACGAUUGUGGAACUCCCUACAAACUUCUGUUCUCUUUCAGCAGAUCUUACCAAAUGGUUAUCACAGAUUGAAAAUUGCAAGGUCCGUAAACUGGAUGCAAUGUAUAGUGCUGUAGUCUUUGCAGUGGAUGCCUGUAAGAAGAUGGAUGGUUGCUUUGGUGCCCGGCACGCAUCAUGUCUUCAAAAGAAGAUUUUGGAUUAUUUUCAGGGGGAUGGUAAUUCUAAUGUUUGUGAUAAAAUGGGUCAGAGCAGCCCAUUCUUAAGAGCAGAUAUAAAGGUUUUUCUACAGAGUAACUCCCAGGUUAAAUUUACUCCAAGAGCUGUUGCAAGGAUAAUGCAUGGAAUUGGAAGCCCAGCCUAUCCUUCCACAAUUUGGUCCAGAACUCAUUUCUGGGGAAAGUACACACAAAUGGAUUUCAAGGUGGUAAUGGAAGCGGCAAAGGCAGAACUCAUGAAUUUAGCCGGGAAAGAUGUACCAUAGCUGCUCAAAAUUUGGCAUUCUAUUAACUUAGAAUGCAAUUUGAAGUGGUACAGGAACAUACCUGGAUAACUUAUAUGGCAGCAUAGAAUUUAGCAUUGGCAACACUUCAUCCGCGUAUGACAAUGGAAUCACGGCAUUUGAAUUUCUCUCUUCUCUGCUGCACAUGAUUAGUUGAAGUUUUAACUUGGGCAACCAGCAGAAGAGAUUGGAACGACAUCAAUGAAGUAUGUAAAUAAUGUUUAGAGGAAUGCAAAGAAAAGAAUCUGGAUUAUCCAGAAUUUCGUGCAUUUAUAAAUUUUAGUAUUAAAACAAGAAAAAAGUUUUCAUAGGGUGUGGAUCAAGUAAACUAUUGCCCAAAGUCAAACCAAGUUAUUAUUUGUGAAUUCUGUAGUAUUAUGGACGCAACUCGCAUGAGUUUAAUUGUGGCUUUCAGGUUGACAUAGUACCUAAG